AGACAGCCGGCCCGAAGCGCGCCUGACCGGAAGUGCACUCUCGUAACGUUUCCCCGCCUUCAAAUUGAGGCCGGCCUCGACAUGCUGGUCUCCCGGCUGACGGCUCCCCUCGUGAGGGCAUCGCGCUGUGCAGGGUGCUUUCUUUUGAGGCCAUCUGUUGUCCUCCCACCUCCUAGAGCAACUGUUCUGGCAAGUUACAGCACACUCCCGUCGAGCAAAAAUGGAACCCGUCCCCACCAGUGGUUUACCUUUGACCCUGAACUGGAAGAAAUGCUAGUCCCUCGCAAGAUGUCCAUCUCGCCUCUUGAAAGCUGGCUGACGGUUCAGUAUUUCCUCCCUAAAAAUGGAGGCUUCAUAAACGUUCAUGAGAGGAACGCUCCCCGACCGCUCCAACAGUAUGAUCUCCCUGCUCCUUCCAGGGGCACUGAGGCAGAGGGAGAAGAGGAGGCAGAACAAAGAGGGGAGAUGAACCCACCCAGAAUGGAAUGCAGAAACAUUCUGAAGAUCCGGAGGAGGAAGAUGAAUAGGCACAAGUACAAGAAGCUGAUGAAACGUACGAAAUUUGAGCGGAGAAAAGUCUUGGAAAGGCGGAUGUGGCGGAAACAGAAAAAUUUUGAAUAUGAACUGAAAAGGAUGUGGAAAAAAGCCGGCUUGAAAAAUCCCCCAGAAGGAUGGGUAACUCCGAAGAUUUAUCUCAAAAAUGUGAAAUCUUGAUAUUGAUUGUGUAGAAAUGUCUUUAAUUAAAAACAUUAUUUAAAGGGCAAA